GGCGUGGUCAGCUCCAUUUUCUCUGUCUGUCCCGAAAAGACUGCACCAAACCACUGGAAUCAGGUUCACCUGGAGCCCAGCGGUGCACCUGUCGUUAAAAGUAGCUCACCUGCGCGUUACGUCGGAUUUACCUGCUGAUCAAAAUGUCUCAAUAGUCCCCGCUGAGCCGUGCAGUCGCGUCUACACAUCCACUAAACAAUAAUCAUGAGGAAGGGGACGCUGAAUUUUCUGGGUCGAAAGAACCAGUCUCUUUUCGACACCAAUAUCAAAAUCAGGGACAUGGACAAUGUGGAGUUGGUGCUGGAUGCACCAGCGAUCCCUGAGUCAGGGACUGCCAGUGUGCGGGCCAGACCCACCGUCAAACAUCACGCUGUGAGUAUUUCAUCAUCUGAUAGUUUUCAAGGGUUUGCCGUCCCAACACCCAAAGUCCCCCUUCUUCCCCAUGUCAAUGGUCCAAAGGCCAACGGUUCAGUCAGUGGAGAAAAGCUGUACAACGGAUCAGUGCCUGAUCUUGUGGAGGGGGAAAUAUUUGUUCCUCCCCCUCCCUCUAUGGCACCUCCACCCCCUCCAGGGACUUUUAUCCCUCCUCCAGACUUCUUGGGUGACCUAAACAGUCCAGACCUGGCAACCCUUCAGCCUCCUUCCAUGCCUGCUCCAAAAGCCCCUCCACAGACACCGGCCGUGGAGAACGAUCUAGGCUUCUUAAAACGGCCAACAAUGGCUCCACCACAGCCUCCAUCUACUUUGUCUACCGGCUCUGCGCCAUCCACGCCCAUUUCUAGUCCACCAGCGGCCAAAGUUCCCGAGCAUCCAAAAUUUGCCCCCCCAUUACCCCCUACUGAAAAGCAACAGAAGACUUAUAAGACACCACCUCCAAAGCCCAUUAGACUGUCCUCUAUGUCCAACCUUGACUCCCCACCACAGACUCCUGCACCACCUCCCCCUCUGCAUACACCCACGCUCUCCACCUUUAAUCCCCAAAACACAGCAAAGCUUUACAAUGUCCCUGAAACCUCACCUCUCAGCAGUCAUGAGAAUCGUGACACAAGACCCAAGCAGAUGUUACUCCUCGAAGAUUCUGGGUCCGGUAACUCUGCACCGGUGCUUGUCCAGGUGGAUGGGAAAGUGCCUAAAGUGGCUACACCGACUAAACCGGUAUCCAAAGAUGUACAGGAGCUGAAGGAGAACUUACAAAUAACGCAGCCCUCUCAACCACCCCUAUCUGAGCCAAACAAGGAGGCUAAAACAGGGAUAGGUUCAGCACAGCCAGAAAUAACCAAACUGCUCCCGACUACUCCUCAGAAGUCACCACAGCUUCUGAAAGUGAACAGUUCUCAGGUGAAUUCAGAGCCCAGCAAAGGGAACCUUGAAGGAUCACCAUAUCAAAGACCUAAAUUCAGUCCUUUAUUAGAUCGUAAACUACGCAGCCUGAAGAGUAGUGAAACCAACGGGGCACGAGAGGGGCCUGCAGCUUCCCCGCUGGCUCUUUUAAUGGCGGCUAAGGAAAGAGAUAAACACAGAUCAACUCACUCCCUGUCGCGGGAAAACAGUGCUGAGAAGAACGAGCAGCCAAGCGCAAGCAUUCACCCGAGUGACUCGAGUCCCAAUUCCUUUGUUGUCGUCCCAAGGUCAAAGUCGUCCUCUUCUCUUACAUCGCAAGAAAGAAUACAGGAGAGUCCAAGCUCUCUCAGUCCUGUGAAACAUACGCAAACAAUUCAGACUCCAGAAAAAUCCAGAAGUCCUGCAUCAAGUCCUGAUCAGAUGCCGUUUACCAGUCCAGCUCUCAAUAGGAUCACAGCAGCUGCAUCCCCAAGUGCAACGAACCUGGUUGAGCAGAAACAAAAUGCAGAGCAAAGCCCCCCAAAGACUCAAUCCGCACAGCCUGAGGAUAAUAAAGAGGAGAUAAGCAUGCCAUUACUCCCUCCUCCCCCAGAGUUUGAUGAUUUCGAGGAGAUUAUGAUGCCCCCUCCUUCCGUCCGUCCACCUGACCCUCCUGUGAAAAAGGCACCAGCACCUCCUGUGACCCUUCCACCUGCACCUCCGGCUCCGUCAACCCCUCCAAAACCCCCAGCAGCUCCAAAACUCCCACCUCCUGACAUCAAUAUCAAACCAAAGCCUCAUGUCCAGACAAAACCUCAAUCAGCCCCUCCUCAGCUACCAUCCCCUCUUUCCCCGAGUCAGGCCACACUCCUGAGCAUCUUACAAAAGAAGAUGUUGGAAAUGGACCACAAAAUGGCUCCGGUGAAGGAGGCAGAGCCUGGUUCUGAUGACUGGGAGGCCCCCUUGUCUAGUGAGGACAAUAAGGUCCCUGUUGUCCCCAAAGCCACACCACAAAGCAAGAAUUACCCUGUGGUCAACAAAGCAGCAACCCUGGACAUGAGGGAAUUGGAGGGAAAAGUGGCCAAAAAAUAUGAAACGUCCUCGGUGAAGGUUCCCACCAGCAACGGACCGUCAAAACAUCAGUAUGGUAUGACCUUUACAAUUCGGCCUGGAACCAAACAGCCUAUUACCCCGGUUACUAGAGGGGAACCUUAAAAAUCUGUGGAAAUUAGACACAUCUAUACAGCACACAUUCCAUGUGUUUGUAUAAUGUGAUUUUGCAAUUAGCAGGAGUUUGUGCAACAGGGAAAAAGCACUGAGUUACAGAAAUAUGGUUGGCAUGUUAAAAAUAUCUCAAAACAAUGGUGUGCUCAGUUAUGAAUGAUGUAGUCUGAAUGUAAUGCUCAAUCUCUGGAGGAUGUACUGUCACUGUCAAGUAAUCAGUUUCAGCGCCACAUGGGUAAUAUUCAUUGUAUAAGCAAAACCUAUUAAUAAAAUGCUUUUCGCUUAAGCUAUUCAUAGCUGUAAACUGCAAGCUGAGUGAAAGUGAAUUGACAUUAUACAGUAAUUUGUAGAACAUGAAAAGUCUUUGUGUGGAAUCUUCAUUGUAAAACACAAUAAUAAUGUAUGAUGUAAUUACUGUGGCCUGUAAUUUCAUGUCCCACAACUGCAAUAUUCUUUCACUGUUACAGUUUUGUAGGUCCACUGGGGCAAAGCCAACAGUUAAUUCAGACAUGUGUCAGAGCAUGCUGAUCUCUCAGUCGGAUUGUUUCUCAUAUUUAUUGUUCUCGGUAAUGUCUUUACAUUUGUAUAACAGUUAUUUGUUGAGGUAACAAUUGUGUCAGUGUAGCUGCACAUGUUGUUAUUGAUGUACAUAUUCGUUUGGAUAAGAUUUAAGAACUAUUGUAACAUGUUGUAUGUACAUGUUAGUUAUGUAAUCAAAAUAUUUAAAAUAUAUUGGUCAUAAAGCAAAGCUACACAAAAUGUUGUCCAAGUCCCUAACUGGGAAAUUUAUUCAAGCAUUAACUGCAUGUUUUAAUAAAUGUACUUGAGUUUUUUGUGCACAGAAUGAAGCUUUUGCGUUAGUAUUCAGAUGCCUUAAAAAUGUUACAGAAUGCUAUAUUGUUGUGUUUUGUCUUUGUUAUCUAUGGAGAUUAUCAGUUAAGCAAGAGACAAACACUAAAUCAGAAACUGACAGGUGAUGACUCCACGAGAACAAAAGCCUCAUUGAAAAGUGAAAACAGUGUGCAUGUGACACAGAUUCUUCUUCUUUUUUUCUUUUUACAAAAAAGGCUCGAUAAUUGUGCUGUAUUUUAUAUAAUAAGACGGGAAAGAGAACAGAAGCACCAACAUACUGUGAUCAGUAAUGUUAUAAUAUUGUUACAUCUUUUCUCUUUCGAGACUCAGGAGCUUUGUAGAUCUCAGUCUCAAUGUUGAAAUUCCCUUGUGAAAUGAAAAACACAGUUAAACUUGAUCUGAUAAUGUACACACCUUUUCGCACCACAUCAUACAUUCAGAGUGUAGUAAUUCAGUUGAAGGCAAAGAACAGUUAUAUAUGAUGCUUUCUGGAUUAAAUAUAUGAAAAACCUU